CGCCCAUCUGACCCCUCCAAGUCCUGGCCUUUCUCCCAUCCCUCCGUCUGCCUGUCUAUUCUCCUCACCUAGGGGCGUAGCGUCUGGAGGAAAUCAUGGUGUUCGCUCCAGGUGAGAAACCUGGAAGCGAGCCAGAAGAGGUGAAGCUGCAGAAAGCCAGCAAACAGAUUGUGCAGAAUGCCAUCUUGCAGGCCGUGCAGCAAGUCUCCCAGGAGAGCCGGCAGAGGGGGGACAGAGCCCGUGACAGCCGGGGCAGCCUCCAGCUGGGCGUCGGGGAAUUAACCAAGAAGCACGAAAAGAAGUAACACCAUCGAUUUGGCUCUUGUCACCUGCUUGGUUUCGGCCUUCCUCUUAGUAUAGGAUGUGUUGCCAAAAUGUUGCCAGUAAAGCAAACCAAAGUGUCAUCGGCAUCUAGAAGUAGGAUGAAUUCGCGCUAGCCCUUGGCUGAGAUGCACUGUUUUGAAAAAGUGCGUUAGAUGAUUCUGUUUAUAUUAAUGCAGUGCCUCUGAAAUGGAGUGGGCCCAAACAGGACACUGUAAUUGCAGAAGUAGUUUUGCAGCACCAUUUAUUUUUAAGGUCCCCCGCGCCGAGAUUCUGUGUUGCUUGUUUACUUUUGCUUUUUACGUACCAUUCUGUGAGUUUAAACAGCGACCCUUUUCGCUGAGAUACUGAGUAUGGUACUGUGUUCUUUGUAUUUUAAAAAGACAUGCUGGAAAGGUGAAGGUAUGGGGUUUGUCAACUUCAAAUAUGGAAUUGAAGGCUUCACUGGGUUCAGGUCCAAGAUCAAAUGGAGCCAAGGCAAAUUCUAAGACUCAGUCUCUCAGGAUCUUACAAGGCAUUAUUUAUAUUACUUUUUAGAAAGGAGGGGUUUAACUUUUAAAGGACUCAGUUUUUUUUUUUUUUUGUUUGUUUGUUUGUUCGUUUGUUUUUUUGGUCUCCGUUCUCUCCAUGGUUUGAUAGCUGGUCUUUACUCUCUGUGCAGAAAUCCUUUGGAAAUAGGGAUUUCUUUUUCCAUCUAAAAUUAAAAUAAGACAAGUGAUAGAUCUAGAUGCAUGAGUUGCCAAUGACUGUUUUUUCGAAGCCCCAUGAAGAGCAACCGGAACCAUAGAUUCCAUUUACAAACACUAUGUUAUCAUCAGGUUAUGUCGUCGCAUUAGUACCUUUCUAAUAGGAGCUUCUCUUUUCCCACCCACAAAUUAAAAUUAUAUUUUCAAAGUCAUGAAAAUCAUACAUAUCAGGACUAAAUAACACUGAACAUAGGAAAAACCAAUUUUUAAUUCUCUGAAGCAUGAAGAUAGAGUGGGAACAAUAAAGUAACCGUGUUUUGGACAAUGCUGUUAUGGAGAUAUAUGUGCAUAUGAAAAAAGCCAUUAUUAUAGCAAUGGUAUGAUCUUGGCUCCACUCCCAUGAAAUAAUGCAUAUCUUUCUAGAGUCAUUACAAUCCCACAGUCUGGGUUUCACCACAGUCAUUGAGUUGGUGCUACUGAAGACAGAGAAAGAAUUUGGCCUUUAGUAAAAACCCUGCGGCUUCAGAAUAUUAAUGUCUACAUUUGAUAGUUUUUUUUUUUUUAAAAAGCCAGGAUCAGCAUAUAUGGUACGACUGAUAUUAAGAUAUACUUCUAGAAUUCCAGUAUGUUAUGCUUUCCACAAUGGAUACUAUUGAUUAUAGUAGAUAAAUGGAAGCACUCACCUAUCAGUUUUCUUAGAUUAUCUCACAUGAUGCACAGCUGGAAAAAAAAUCACAGGAAGAAAGGCUAUGAGAGGGAGCAGAGGGAGUUAAAAUUUAAGUGUGAUUUAUUUGUAAAUAUUUUUUUUGCAGAGCUCAUGAUAAUCGAAGAAUGAGUUUAAGUUGAUCUGAAGUCAUAUAAUUGAUAUGGUAUGAUUGCACAGUCUGUAGAUAAUGAAUAAUUAGUAAGGUAAAUUAUUCAGAAGGAUUUACUAUAAAAAGUAAACCCAAUGCUUGUAGUCUGCAAGUGAUCUAGCACCAUGCGUACUAAGCUGUCUGGUUAUAAAUAGUCCUGGACCUUGCUGUCAUAUCAUAUGGCGAAAAUACAUAAAUGCACUAUCUUUCUUCUCUGGUGUGUCUGUGCUAAUUCAUUGAGGAUCUUUGAGAACAUUUGAUUAACUUCGGUAUCUAAACAUUAUUUGUAAAUAAAAUAUAUCCA